ACGAAACCAGCCAGAAACUGAGUUAAUCGAAGGAGAAAGUCGACAGAAAAUAGCAGCAUUUGAGGGGGAGUCGAAAAAGGACUAUGUUAACUCUACAGCACAGUCUCUUUCUGCUGGUUAUUGUCACAGGUUGUCUUCUAACAGUAUCAUCAAAAGAUUCCCAUCGAAUGAUAAUCAUUGAGGACGAAGAAGAUGAUACCAGGAACUUGGUUGAUGCAGCUAAACGUGGUUCAAAUGUUACAUCGCAAGUUAUUCAUGUUAAAGGACUCGGAUGCUUCAGUUGUAACACAAAACCCCCUUCGUUCCCAUUCAUCUUCCUCGACUACAGGCGCCAAGUCAAUUGGAUGAAAUGGCCUGAUAUGAGUGACGUCAUCAAAGCUUGCGCACGCGCAGCUAAGAGCAAAGGCUAUAAAUACUUUGCAAUACAACGUUUUGGAGAGUGUCGAUGGGGAUCUCAAAGCYUAAGUUUGUAUAACCAAGAUGGUCGUUCUAAAGACUGUUAUGGUGGUAUUGGAGGCUCGGACGCCUACAAUGUUUACACUCUGGAGAAAUUUGAUAAAGCUUAUACUAAUUGGAGCAAGUGGAGCAAGUGUUCGGUUACAUGUGGCAAGGGGAAGCAGAUWCGAAGACGACUAUGCAUGUUGACACCCAAAACUAAAUGUAAACUGAUCACAGUACAGAAGCUUACCUGCGUCAAGCCAGAUUGUUCAGAUCCUUACACCAAAUGGGGGUCCUGGUCGUCGUGUACCAGGUCGUGUGGUUCGGGUCGACGGUAUAGGAUCCGUGGCUGUAAGAACUGGCGUGACUAUCGAUGUUGGGCGAUAUGGGRCAGCCAAACKUGUAACACAAAACCCUGCCCUCAUGGAGCUGUAAAUGGAGGUUGGUCUACAUGGGCCUCAUGGUCAAAAUGUUCGAUAACAUGUGGGAGAAAAGGUAGAAAAUAUCGCGAUCGAACAUGCACAAACCCAAAACCAUCCAAAGGUGGAGCUUUAUGCAACGGUGGAGUAAGACAACGUCAAAUUCGCAAAUGUGGAAUGUACAAAUGUCCAGUAAUUAAUGGCGAAUGGUCGCGGUGGGGACCUUGGGGAAAGUGUUCAGCGUCAUGUGGAGGAGGCAAAAGGUCACGAGUUAGAGUCUGCAAUAAUCCUAAACCUGCAAACGGAGGACGGAAGUUUAACGGAAAAUGGUCCGCUUGGAAACCAUGGAGUUCUUGCUCAGUCACGUGCGGUGAAGGUAGCCAAUCACGAUCAAGAACAUGUACAAACCCUGCACCAGCCCAUGGAGGUAGAAAGUGUGCAGGAAAAGACAAGCAAAGAAGAAAAUGUAAAGCAGGCAAAUGUCCAAUUGACGGAAAUUGGUCAGCUUGGAAAGCAUGGAGUUCUUGCUCAGUCACGUGUGGCGAAGGCAGCCAAUCACGAUCAAGAACGUGUACAAAUCCUGUACCAGCCCAUGGAGGUAAAGAUUGUGCAGGCAAAAUGAAACAAACACGAAAAUGUAAACCAGCCAAAUGUCCGGUUGACGGAAAAUGGACUGCGUGGAAACCAUGGAAUCCUUGCUCAGUCACGUGUGGUGAAGGUAGCCAAUCACGAUCAAGAUCGUGUACAAAUCCUCCACCAGCCCAUGGGGGUAACCAGUGUAAAGGAAAGGGCAAAGAGAUUAGAAAAUGUAAAGCGAAAAAAUGCCCAGGCAAGUAA